AUGUCAGGUGCGCCAUUCAAUUUAGCGCUGACGCAAGCCCGCGCACGGACCGCUUUUGGCCCGGCUGACAAAAUCCGUCCCCCGAUGCGCUCGGGGGAGAUGUAAUCUGCAGUAGUGAUGUUUCGAUUCUUGACAUUGCGGAGUUGAUACACUACACGACGCACCCUACUCGAACAGCCCUGUCUGAAUACUCCUUCGUCGGGGCCGACGUUUGCACGGUCCAAACAGGUCACAUCAUCGACGACGGGUUCAAAUCGUUCCCUUCCGGACACUCCUCCUUCGCGUUCGCCGGACUAGGUUUUCUCUCCUUCUACAUGGCCGGCAAGUAGGAAAUGUAUAAUGAUUCUGCUUCACACCCAUUCUUUUGGAAUUCCAGAGAGCGACGUGUCCGGCGACCGCAGUUAGUCUUACGAGAUCGUGUAGCCGUCAGAUGUCUUGAUCGAGUUGGAUUCAGGAGAGAAGGACUCGACAGCGGCCGAAUAGUGCUUGACCCCGGAAGGAAUCACAUCCUGCAGAGGUUUCCGGCGGGGUGGUCGAGGGACGACGCGAGGAAUUUGGCCACUGGGGUGAAAGUUGAUGAGCUGGGAGCAGCGCGGUUUGGGGAGGGAUUGGGGAGGGGAGGUGACGACGCGGAGAGCAGAGCAACCACACCUUCUCACAAGGGCACCGCCAGCAAAAACGUUGGUCCAGAUCUUGGAGCAAGUGAACGCACAAUUAGCGACGACGGUCAAACUUCUCUUCCGCGCGGAGGGGUCCGAGCUCACCAUCUGGUCGAGCACGGGGGACUCGGGCCCGAACGCGGAAGCUCAAGCUCAAGCUUAGACCGAACCUAACGCCAGCCUGCUCCUCCCAGUCGCCUCUCUCCCUCCCACCACCUCGUCGUUCGCACACCACCUCACCGUUCUGCCAGCCCAACUACACUCGGGUGAGUACCCUCAUGUUUAUCUCUGGGUCCCUGUUGCCGUCGUUCAUGGUAGUACCCCUUGCUCUCGAGCCCCGAUCAUACGUGGCGGCCAACCUGCUUGUUCGACGGCACUCCUAAGGCAGGAUUUCCGGCCCAGAGUCACAGCCAGGCUGGCGCCCACAGUGAUGUCCCGACUCGGAGCACAGCGCUGAGGAACCACCAUCCUUGA